AUGGAGACAAAUCAAACAUUUCCUCUUUCAAUGCACUGUGGAAAUGAAGUUUCUUUGAAGGUUGAUGCUGUGCAAGACUCUUGGUUGUGGCACAAGCGGUUUCGUCAUCUAAAUUUCCAGGGGCUAAAGCUUCUCCAGAAGAAAAGCAUGGUGAAAAGGUUACUGGAAAUUGAAGCAACAACAGAAGCUUGUGAAUGGUUCUGCCAGAACCCGAAACUGCUCCAGAACCUGCCCCUGAACACCUAUGUGCCCUGUAUGCCAUACCCAGAACGGUUGAUUCCUAAAGCUAAGGAUCAGCAACUUAAAGGCUCUAUGCAAAAUUUGGUUAAGGUGCAGAUUAACUUGCCAUUAUUGGAUGCAAUAAAGAAAAUUCCAUCCCACACUCAACUGUGUAAACCGAAAACUCACGAUUGCUAUUACAAGAAUUGCAAAUCCUUACGGGCACCCAAUAUUCUUCCAGAAUUUAUAGCCGGACAAUUAAAGAACAGAGUUUCAUUUGGCAAAGCAAUGAAAAGAGCUAUUGAAUUAACUGAACAUGCAGAUACAAAAGGGAUUCAAGUACAAAUUACAAGGCACAUCGACGGAAAAGAAAUUGCACGUGUUGAAUGGAUUCGAGAAGGCAGCGUUCCUCUACAAACCAUUCAAGCUGAAAUUGAUUAUAGCCUAAGCUGUUGGAACUAUCUAUGGGGUAUUAGGCAUCCAAUUUGGAUAUUUGUAGACAAGGAAUAA